UUCUGUCAGGAUGAGUUUCUCGAUGGACCACCACUACUUCAUCCCCGGGGGGUUCCGCAAGGCUCGGCCGGCCUCCGUCACCUCCAGCGGCUUCCACUCCCAGCGCCGCCGCGUCACCUACAGCCAGCCCCCCUCCUCGGUGGACAGCCUGGAGACCUUCAGUGGGGACAUGUCCCGCAGGAGCGAGAAGGAGGUCCUGCAGGCGCUCAACGACCGCUUCGCCGGUUACAUCGACAAAGUGCGGAACUUGGAGAUGCACAACCGCAACUUGGAGGCCGAGGCGGCGGCGCUGCGGCAGAGCCAGGCGGGUCGGGCGUCUGUGGGGGAGCACUACGAGAGGGAGCUCAGUGAGCUCCGGGUGCUCCUGCAGCAGCUGACCGCGGAGAAAGCCAGCACGGCCCUGGAGCACGAGCACCUGGAGGAGGACAUCCAGCAGCUGCGCGCCCGGCUGGAGGAGGAGGCGCGCGGCCGAGAGGAGGCGGACGCUGCCGCACGGGCGAUGAAGAAGUACAUGGAGGAGUGUCGCCUGACCCGCCUGGAGUUGGACAAGAAGUUGCAAGCUCUGGAAGAGGAGGCCGCCUUCCUAAGGAAGAACCACGAGGAGGAGGUGGCGGAGCUGCUGGCGCAGAUUCACGGGGCCCAGGUGAGUUACGACGCGCCGGUGAAGGCGGACGUGACCGGAGCGCUGAGGGAGAUCCGCGCGCAGCUGGACACCCACGCGACCAAGAGUUCCACACACGCGGAGGAGUGGUUCCGAGUUCGCAUGGAUCGCCUGGCCGAAGCUGCCAAAUCCAACCAAGAUGCCCUCAGAGGAACCCAGGAUGAGAUCGGAGAGUAUCGCCGGCAGCUCCAGAGCCGCACCAUCGAGCUGGAGACCCUGCGAGGAACCAAGGAGUCGCUGGAGAGGCAGCGCUUGGAGUGUGAGGACAGACACCACGAUGACCUCAACUCACUACAGGAGUCCAUCAACCAGCUGGACAAUGAACUAAAGACUACUAAGUGGGAAAUGGCGAGUCAGCUGAGGGACUACCAGGACCUGCUGAAUGUGAAGAUGGCGCUAGAUAUUGAGAUUGCUGCUUAUAGGAAGUUACUGGAGGGAGAGGAGAGUCGCCUGGUGUCAGGUGGGAGUCCGUACUCGUACCUGGAAAGCAGACUCUUCAAGGCAAAAGGUGAUGAAAUCUCAGAUACGGUCAUUGUGGAGGAGCAGACAGAUGAAACCCAAGUGACAGAGGUGACAGAGGAGGCUGACGAUGAAGAAGAGGAGGAGGAGGAGAAGGAGGGAGAGGGCGAAGAAGGAGAUGAACAGAAUGAGGAAGAGGCAGCCAAUAAGGAAGAAGAAGAAGCAGAGAGUGAACAAAAAGAAGAAGAGAAUGAGGGAGAAGAUGAUGCCGCUGCUGAGGAGGAGGAGGAGGAGAAGGAGUCAAAAUCUCCGGAAGAGGCCAAGUCUCCUUCAAAAUCUCCUCGACCGAAGUCACCGCUUUUAAAAUUGCCUGAGGACAAAUCAACUGAAUCUAAAUCCCCUCAAAAAUCCCCAGCAGCCAAAUCACCUGCAGGAGAGGAGUCCAAAUCACCAGCCGCCAACUCUCCCAAAUCUAAAUCUCCUCCAAAGACUCCUGAAGCCAAGUCUCCAGAGAAGGAGAAAGCCAAGCCUGUCGCAGCUAAAGACACACCGAAAGAAGAACCGGAGGUGAAAGCUCAGACGGACAAAGAGGAGAAGAAGGAGCAGCAAGCGAAGGAUGCCAAGAAGGAAGAGGUGAAGGAGAAGGAAGUUGUGGAGAAAAAUGAUGCAAAGAAAGACAGCAAAGAAGAAGAGCCACCUAAAAAGGAAGAGACUUCUAAGCCUGCAGCUCCGGAGAAGGUGAAGGAUGAGAAACCUGCUUCCAAGCCAGAGACAAAAGACAAUUCUCCCCCAAAGGAGGAGAAGCCGUCUCCUCCUAAAGCAGAGAAGGCAGAACCGGCAUCAAAACCUGAGUCCAAUCCAGCACCAAAAUCUGAGCCUGAGCCUAGAAAAGAGGAGAAGACACCGAAAGUUGAGUCCCAGGACCCAAGUCCCAGCAAGAAGGAGAAGAAGGAGGAGAAGCCAGCUGCUAAAGACAAAACCGAUGCGUCCACCAGCAAGAAAGAGGAGACGGCAGAAGUAAAAAAGGAGAAAGAAGGCGCUGACAACAAGAAUGUGAAGGAAGAAAGGAAGACUGAGAAGGUGGAGAAGACUUCCAGCACAGAGCUGAAGGAAAGCAAAGAGGAGAAGAAGAAAUAGGAGGGAUAAUCUGGGAAAGAAAGGUGGAGAAGCCAAAGAACAACGAUCGAGAGCCCUGAAGGUGGCAAUGUAUGCAAGCAAUAGUGAUUCCUGUAGCAUUAGCCCUCAGCUCCCUGGUAUGACCAUGAAACGCCAAAGCUUCUGAUGUUCGACUCCAGUGAUGCAGAACGCUCUCCACCUGAAUGUGACAUCAACAAGUGCAUUUAAACCCGCUGACAGUGGCCUGCUGCACCCACACAAGCCUUCCAUGGUAGUGAUGUCAAGAUGGUGACAGAUUUUGAGUAAUAAAAUACGUAUAUACAUUCAGGAAGACACAAAUGUGUAUUUACUUAUAUUGUGCUUUAGAUAGGAAUCUUUUGCUUCUUGUGCACUUUAAAGCAGCUUUGCCCGACAGGUGAAGCUGCAGAGCCUCAUUGUUUAGUUUGCUAGGACUAUGCUGCAAUGUAGAACCUGCUGACAGAAUGAAAUAUAAGACAUGAAAUAAACAU